AUGGCUGGGAACGAUGUGGAGCUCGGCGAGCGCUUCGCCGACAUGAGCAACCACGACGGGCCGGCCAAGUCCACCCACUUCGAGCAGCAGUUCGCGAAGACCAUGGAACGCACGCGCGUCGCCGCCGCGGUCCUCCAGACUGUCCCGAAGUCCCGGCAGGUGUGCGUGGCGUUCGAGGACGUCAACGCGUUCGUCAGCACCAUGCCCUUCAAGCCCUCCCUCCCCGCGCAGGCGGUGACCAAGGCCACGUCGAUGCUCACGGAGAAGGGCCGCGAGCGCGCCGCCGCGGCGGCCGCGGCGCCGACCGAGCGGCAGAUCCUCACCGGCGUGCACGGGCGCGUCUCCCCGGGCGAGAUGAUGGCGCUGAUGGGCCCGAGCGGGAGCGGGAAGACGUCCCUGCUGUCGAUCCUCGGCGGGCGCGCCGCCGCGGCCGUGCGCGUCGAGGGCCGCCUGCAGUACAACGGCGCGCCGCUCGUGAAGGCCACGAAGCGCACGAUGGGGUUCGUGCACCAGGACGACCUCCUGUUUGACAGCCUCACCGUGUACGAGACGCUGCACUACGCGGCGCGGCUGCGGCUCCCGCGCGACAUGUCGAACGACGAGAAGGAGCUCCGCGUGGAGACGGUCAUCCAGGCGCUCGGCCUCGACCGCUGCCGCAACACCAUCAUCGGCGGGCCGUUCAUGCGCGGCGUGUCGGGCGGGGAGCGGAAGCGCGUGUCGAUCGGGCACGAGCUGCUGAUCAACCCCGCGGGGAUCUUCCUCGACGAGCCGACGUCCGGCCUCGACGCCACGACCGCGCUGAAGCUCGUGCACACGCUCAAGGUGCUGGCCGCGGGCGGGCGCAGCGUGGUGACCACGAUCCACCAGCCCGCGUCGCGGAUCUACCAGGAGCUCGACAAGGUCAUGGUGCUCUCCGAGGGCAAGGUGAUGUACUUCGGGCACGGCUCGCUCGCCCACGCGUGGUUCAACUCGCUGGGGUACGCCAUGCCGCUGGGCGUCAACACGGCGGACUUCUUGCUCGACCUGGCCUCGGGCGACGUGGGCGCCACGCAGCAGGAGGCGCGCGAGCUGUCGUCGCAGCUGUGCGCGGCGUACGAGCGGUUCAUGAAGGGCGGCGCCGUGGAGCCGCGGGACCUGUCUGACGUGGCGAAACACUCCUCCGCCGAGAUCGCGAAGCUCGACGGGCCCGCCGCGUCGGCGCACGAGGUCCGCCAGCGCCAGAUGAUGGGCGUGCAGCACCGGCACGUGGCCGUGCUGCGGGCGCUGCAGGGCGGCGGGUCGCACGACGGCGACGACGCCGCACGGCCCGCGCACGCGGACGACGACUCGAUGGGGCAGUCGAACUCGACGGACCUGAGCGACAAGGCGACGCUGGCUGCGCACAGCGCGCACGACACGUCGAAGGUGGACGUGGAGCUCGGAAAGGGCGAGCACGCACACAGCACGCGCUGGGGCGCGAGCUUCAUGGACCAGAUCCUCAUCCUGACGCGGCGCUCGCUCAAGACGCGGCGGUUCGAGGCGCUCGGGUUCCAGAAGUUCCUCCAGUUCGCCGUCGUGGGCGUCCUGACGGGCCUCUUCUGGUUCCGGCAGGGCGGCGGCACCACGGCCAAGGACGUGAACAACACGGUCGGGCUGCUGUUCUUCGAGAUGAUCUUCAUGUCGUUCGCGGCCCUCUUCGCCGCGCUCUUCACCUUCCCCGCCGAGUACCAGAUGCUCCUCAAGGAGCGCGCGUCCGGCAUGUACCGCCUCUCGGCCUUCUACCUCGCGCGCUCCUUCUCCGACCUCCCCCUCGACUGCCUCUACCCCUCGGUGUUCGUGUUCAUCAUCUACUGGAUGUCGGGCCUCAAGGCCACCGCCGCGGCCUUCUUCGGCAACUGGUUCACCAUCAUUCUCACCGUCCUGGUCGGGCAGAGCAUGGGGAUGCUGAUCGGCACGGUCAUGAUGAACCCGAAGAGCGGGCAGACGGUGGCCACGAUCGCGAUGCUCACGUUCAUGCUCACCGCGGGCUUCUACAUCGACGACAUCCCGGUGUGGAUCGAGUGGGUCAAGUAUUUGGGGUUCCCGUACUUCUCCUGGCGCAUGCUCAUGAAGCUCGAGUUCGGGGACUACGACGGGGAGUAUCCCGAGCGCCUCACGCGGCCGAACGAGAUCAGCUUCGGGCUCGACAUGGGCUGCAUGUUUUUGUUCCUGUUUGGGCUGCGCUUCAUCACGUACAUGGAGCUGCGGCGCAAGACGAAGAACGUCUGA